CGCCGCUCGCUCGAGCCCGUGGAAGUGGCUCUGGAGGACCGAGAUUCUGACACAUUUAUCGUGGUGAAUGAAGCUGGCAUUGAUUCUGCUAUGAAUGGCGACCCAGAAGGUGCGCAGUGGCGUGCUGAUCAACCUGUCAAACGCAAAAGGAAUAAACGCAGCUUGAUCUGGAGGCACUACGAGGAACUGAGCAGUUUGGCUGCUGCUCGCUGCUGCAUUUGCAUGAAGUUACAGUCCUUUGAGGGCGGAACCAGCAACCUGCACCGGCACAUGUCAAAGAAACACCCCGAGGUGUUUUCUCAGCUGGUAGCAGAUCGGCAGCACCCACCAGCACCACCAGCACCAGCACCCCACUCAUCACAGAGCACAGAUGCUAACGUCGAAGUGGUUCUGGAGGAUGGAGACAAUGACACCCUUAAUUCUACCAUGAAUGGCCUCCUGGACUAUGCACAAGUAGGUCCAGUGAAACAUAUAAAGCGCGAGGAGGAGAGUGACGACCACCCUGUGAAACGUAGGCGGAACAAACGCAGCUUGAUCUGGAGGCACUACGAGCUCCUGGACAGUUUGGCUGCUGCUCGCUGCUGCAUUUGCAUGAAGAAGUUACAGUACUUUGAAGGCGGCAGCACCAGCAACCUACAUCGACACAUGUCCAAAAGACACCCGGAGGUGUUUUCUCAGCUAGCAGCAGAUGGGCAGCACCCACCAGCACCCCACUCACACACACUGAUGCGACCAGAGAACGCUGGGGAGACAGAGAAGCAGCGACCGUUUUCUGUGUCUAAAGGAGAAGAGCGUGUGCUGAUAGAGGCUCUGAGGAGAGCGCAGCGAGUGGAGGCCAGGAAUCUGGAGUAUCAGAGGGAGCUGCUCGAGAAGCUGCGUGCAGUAAAUGCCAGAGAGGCAGCUGCAGAGAGGGAGCAGAUCGAGUCCUUGAGGACGGCACAGCUGGAGGAAGCCAGAGACUUGAGUCGACAGAGAAAAGAAGUGCAGAAGGAAACGACGGCACUGCUGAGGAAAUGGGAAGAGCUUCAGCAAGAAAGAGAAAGACUUGGCUUGUUUUCCUCCUGAUUUGAGAUAUUCUACAAAGGCUUUGGGACUAAUGUAAAAAUGUACACUCCAUUUUAAGUAAAAUAUGUAUAUUUAAACAAUCAA